UCAGGUUUUCGUCUCUGCAGACUGAUCAACACGUCCAGUCACAUCAUGGAGGUCAAACUGUUGGUUUGUGGUGUCGUGCUCGUGACUUUAAUGGUUACAGGAAGCAACGCAACGUCAGACGUUUGUGGCAGUGCGCCGCUCAACACGAGGAACACGAGGAUCGUGAGAGGUGAGACGGCUUCUGCAGGUGCGUGGCCCUGGCAGGUCAGUCUGCAUCGGUUCUCCCGUCAUUUCUGUGGAGGCUCCCUGAUCAACGACCAAUGGGUCCUGUCUGCUGCUCACUGUCUGCUCAGAAACGGUGAGCCCAUCAGCACAUCCAGUGUCACCGUUUUCCUCGGACGUGAGACCCAACAGCUCCCGAACAAUAACGAAGUGUCCCGCGGAGUGUCCCGGUUCAUCAUCCAUCCAGAGUUUAACAGCACAACGAACAACAACGACAUGUCCUUGUUGCAGCUGUCCUCACCUGUGACCUUCACCAACUUCAUCAGGCCGGUGUGUCUGGCGUCGGCCGGCAGCGUCUUGAAUGCCGGGACAACCAGCUUUGUCACCGGAUGGGGAUCAAUCCGAGAUAUUGUCCCCCUUCCUGCCCCUCAGAGGCUGCAGGAGGUGAGUCUUCCCAUCGUGAGCAACAGUCGGUGUAACAGGUUGUAUAAUGGAGAAAUCACGAACAACAUGAUCUGUGCCGGGCUGGAAGAAGGAGGAAAGGACGCCUGCCAUGGGGAUUCAGGCGGCCCACUGGUGGUUAAGAACGGGUCUAGGUGGGUCGUGGUUGGAGUGGUAAGUUUUGGAGAAGGCUGUGCUGACCCCAAUUUCCCAGGAGUCUACACCCGAGUGUCCAGGUUCGAGUCCUGGAUCAACCACCAGAUCGGCAACAGCCAGCCCGGCAACAGCCAGUCUGGCAACAGCCAGCCCGGCAACAGCCAACCCGGCAACCGCCAGCCCGGCACCAGCCAGCCCGGCACCAGCCAGCCGGGCACCAGCCAGCCCGGCACCAGCCAGCCGGGCACCAGCCAGCCCGGCACCAGCCAGCCGGGCACCAGCCAGCCCGGCACCAGCCAGCCGGGCACCAGCCAGCCCGGCACCAGCCAGCCGGGCACCAGCCAGCCCGGCAACAGCCAGCCCGGCAAUAGCCAACCACUCAGUGAGUCUUCAUCAUCGUCAUCGCCAACAUCAACUCUCCGCAGGUAG